AUGAGAUUUUUUAUUAUUCUUUUCUACUCUUUCCUUCUUCUAACAGCCAAUGCUCAACAAAACAGAGAAAAUUUCAUUAAACGAGUUGUCAAUUUGGAUGUGAAAAUAUUGACGAGACCUCAGAUAUCCAAGUUUUUGACAUGCAUGUGUCCUCAUGUUGCUGAGUGUCCCGAUAUGAUGGCGUUUGGUUCAGCCUGCAUCUCAUGUUUAUCCGACAAUUUCGGAGAUAUUAUGGAGAGCGCUUUUGGCAUGGUAGCCAAACUAGAAACUUGUAUGAUAACUGGAUUGUCCUCUACUAUGAUCGUUUCCGCGAAAGUUGCAAGCCUCCUUCAACCAGAACUCACGAAAAUAUAUAAUCCAAUGUGCAAGAAAGUUGAAACGGCUAGAAAGAACAAGAAAACACAAAUUCAACAAUGCAAUGUUGGAAUUGGACAUUUAUUGAGCGAAGUCAAACGAAAAUUCAUUGAUAACAUUUGUAUGCAAAUCAAAGAUAAAUGCUCUGAUAAGGAGUUCAAGUGCUUGCUCAAGGAAGGAAAGGCGGUUAUUGACCUUAACACAUACAACUGCGCAUCAGCAAAAGCAAGCAUCCUGGGAUGA